UUUGCAUGGCACCCAAGAAAGAGAAAGGCGGGACAACCACCACCAGCUCUAAGAUAUGGGAACCCUCGCUCAUAGCUGCACAAUUCAACCAGAACGACUGGAAGGGCUCCAUCGCUUUUGUCGUUGGAAACCGGAUCGAGGACGAGGUUCUCAUUCGCGCUCUCACCCUCGCUGUCCAAGUCCCUCAGCGCAGACUCUUCAGCAUGGUCUCCUGGCAAGACAUCGUCCAGCAGGUCAAUGGAUCAAGUGCAAUUUUUGGAAGUACAUCUAAAAAGGCAAAGAAACCUCUAAGUGGUAAUGCUCCCUUGUAUUAUGAGGUGUUAACGGCAGCAAAAGCAAUUAUGGACAGCGGAGAGAAAUUAACCUUACCACUGAUAGGGAAACUCCUGAAAUUUCAGCUUCUUCAGAUUAAGUUGAAAGACCAACAGCGACGGGAAAGUGAGAAGAAGGUCAUAGAAGACAGAUUUAAGAUAGAAAAGGAUAAAGUGAAAGCAAAAUCUCCCAAGGAGAAGAAGUCCCCAUCUGCCAAGGUUGCCAAAGGCAAGGGAAAGGACCAGCCAGAGGCAAACAUUGCCGUGAAAAAGACCACCCAGUUAGUGAGGAGGGGAGAAGAGGAUGACACCAAGCAAUACAUUGACGAUGAGCCAGAUGACGGUGCCCAGCAUUAUUUUAUAGUCGUGGGCUUCAACAAUCCUCAGCUAUUAGCGAUCAUGACGGAGCUUGGCAUUCCCAUAAGCAGCGUGAUUAAAAUAUCUUCAGAGAAUUAUGAACCUCUGCAGACGCACCUGGCAGCAGUUAGCCAACAGCAGGAAAGUUUUCUUCAGCCAGAAGAAAUAGAAGCUGAAAAACUGAAGAAAGAGAAUGGCAUAAAAGAACUUGAAAUCUUCUGGAGGUACUUGGAACCGAUCCUGAAUAACCAGAAACCAGAAACAAACCUCUUUGAUGUCGCUCGGCUUGAAUACACGGUCAAGGCUGACAAGUUUCCUUCUGAUUGGUCAGACAGCGAGAUGUUGCUGGAAUUGGGCACCGAAAUCUUUGAAAAUGUUGCCUGUUUGAUGUACGACACCCUGGAUUGGAAAAGGCAGCAUGAGCACUAUUUGGACAGCAUGCAGCUUAUUAACGUCCCGCAGGUGGUUAGUGAGAAGCCUGUCUUUGAAGUGACGUUCGUUCCUGAGCCUCCACAACCUGUUGUCACAAUCCCUGGAAAGAAGAAAACACAACAAUAUGAAGAGCCACAAAUCCCAGCUCCUCCUCCACCAACACUGCUACCACCCCCACCAGUGGCUUCCACCAUCACAAAUGAAGUAGACAUGAGAUACUACAACGAUUUGCUGAAUCCCAUUCCAGAAGAAUUCAUUUCUGUGCCCUUGAUACUGCACUGUAUGCUGGAACAGGUUGUGGCAAGUGAAGAAGAUCUUGUCCCACCAAGUCUGGUGGAGCCGCCUCCCAGGGCAGACGGGUUGGACUACAGAAUAGCAGCUCACAUCGUAUCCAUCCUGCCCUCUCUCUGUCUGACAGAGAGGGAGAAAAAGAAUCUCCGUGAAAUAUUCUUAUCUGAAGAAGAAAAUGAAAGCGAACCAGUGCCCACAGGCCCUCUCCUGCUUAACUAUCACGAUGCCCACGCCCACAGGAAGUACGUGCUAAAGGACCUAAAGAAUUUUGAUCCAGUUCAAAUUGAACAAGAGAUGCAGUCCAAGUUGCCACUGUGGGAAUUCCUUAAAUUCCCUCUGCCCCCGCCAUGGAAUAGCACGAAACGUCUAGCUACAAUUCAUGAGCUCAUGCACUUUUGUACAAAUGAAGUCUUGAACUGGAAUGAAGUAGAACGAGCCUUCAAAGUGUUUACUUUUGAGAGCCUGAGACUCUCUGAGGUUGAUGAAGAUGGGAAUCUAAAGCGUUCUAGGAUGAUGUAUGGGACAGAUUCUGAGACAUUCAACAUACCAUGGGACAACCCUUCCAGAUUUGCUAAACAGAUAAGGCAACAAUACGUCAUGAAAAUGAAUACCCAAGAAGCCAAACAGCAAACAGAUGAUGGAACCAAAGACAGAAUUUUAUUUCUGAAUCAGAAUUGGUCAACACCUAUGCCAGAUGAUGAGCUCAACAAAGAACCAUCAGAUCAUCAUCAGCCUGGUAGUAACAAGAAAUCCUUAGACUCUGAUAAUAGAGAACCGAUAGAGCAUGAGAGAAACUUGAAGUCUCAGCUCCAACCUGAGACUCUGGAGCAGACCACGAACAAUGAGAUCAAAGAUGAAGCGGUCACAAAUGCUGAUCUUCUUGAAAAGAAACCAAAGAAGAUGACUGUAGAAGCCGAGUUAGACGACAUAAAGAAAACCCAGCAACGCAAUCUAAUGGACUGGAGUUUUACUGAACAUUUUAAACCAAAAGUUCUGCUUCAGGUUCUUCAAGAAGCCGAUCAGCAAUACAGGUGUAUUGAUUCUUAUUACCAUACACAAGACAACUCUUUACUGUUGGUCUUUCAUAACCCAAUGAAUUUACAACGUCUGCAUCAUGAAUACUGGAACGUUGGCCUUCACUCUAAUGUUGGAUUCAGAAAUUAUUUGGAACUUGUUGCAAAAUCCAUUCAAGAUUGGAUCAUAAAAGAAGAAGCUCUAUAUCAGGAAACUAAAAUGUCUGAUGAAAUCAAUAAAACCAAGUAUGAGCUGGAAAUAAAAUCUUCUGUUGGUAUCAAAGUUUCUUCUACUAGCAAAAUUUUUUCUAUUAAAAAAUCUAAAAGUAACAAAGGAAUGAGCAAAACAGAAAUAUCAGAUCAAGAAAAAGACAAAGAAAAAGAGAAGGAAAAGAUUCAUUUUGUUUUAGAAGGCUCUCUCAAGGCCUGGAAAGAAGAACAAGAUCGGUUAGCUGAAGAGGAACGCUUAAAGGAAGAAAAAAAAGCAGAAAAGAAGAGUAAGGAGGCUGGUAAAAAGAAAGGCAAGGAAAAACCAGAAAAAGAAGAUAGUAAGGUUUUCAAGAAAAAAUCUUUUAUAAAGGAGAAAUCGAAAGAAGAGCAAAUGAAGGUCCCGGAAAUAACAGAGGCGCCCCUCCAGGAACCAGAACCUGAGAUAGUUUACCCGUUUCAUGGAUACAACAUGGGAGAAAUACCCGUGCAAAUCUCGGGAACAAAUUAUUAUCUGUAUCCUUCUGAUGGAGGGCAGAUUGAAGUAGAAAAGACAACAUUUGAACAAGGUCCAACAUUUAUCAAAGUGAAAGUGAACAAGGACAAGCACAAUUUUUUAAUUCACUUGAGAGACCCUAGGAAAAUUGUGAAACAGGAGAAAAAAGAAGGGGAUUAUCCUUCAGAAGAUGAGAAAGAAGAAAGAGAAGGAGAGCAAAACUUUGAAGCAGAAGAAUCAAGUGAAGAGAAUAAAGCUGUCAGCAAGUUUGGAUCUUUUUCUGCCACCUUGGAAAAUGGAAUCUGCCUCUCAAUAAGUUACUAUGGAUCAAGUGGAUCAGCGCCAGAGGAUAAGGAUCCUAACUUGGAAUCUAUGUUGAAUAUCCCAUCAGUACAUACUCCAACAGUGAUUCCUGUUGUAGUGAGUAUUCCUCAAGGCAAAGGCAAAGGGAAAACAAAAGGGAAAGAAAAACCCAAAGACUCUCUUAAAGAAGAGGAGCACCUGAAAGAAGAAGAGAAAAAGGAAGUAGAAGAACUGGAGCCUGUUUUACAAGAGACUCCUCAUGUUCCCAUCUUCCAAAACCUGAAUGUGUCUUGCCCCAAUGGGCUCCAAGUAACCUUCAUGGGGCGAGAGUCCCCAGAUCAACGUAUUGUAGAUGAGGAACCCACGUGGGAUAUCAUGGUCCGACAGAACUACCCCCAGAAGGUGAAGCACUAUGAGUUCUACAAAAUGGUGAUGCCACCGCUGGAGCAGGAAGCAUCAAGAGUUAUCACCAGUCAAGGCACCGUUGUCAAAUACAUGCUGGAUGGAUCCACACAGGUUCUCUUUGCAGAUGGGACUGUGAGCAGCAGUCCCGAUUCAGGGCCUGUCAGUCUUCCUACUGACAUGCCAGCCAGUGCUCACAGUGCGGACUUGAUGGACACGCUUUCUCAGCAGAAAUCAGAAACAGCGCCAUCAGAGACUGUCAUCACAAAGAAAGGCACCUGGUUUACAACUACACCUCAAGGACAUCGGAUUGGCACCAAAGGAUUAGAAAGAAUAGCAGACUUGGCCCCAUUUUUAUCCUUUAAAGCCACAGAUCCUGUCAAUGGAACGGUUAUGACAACUCGAGAAGACAAAGUGAUCAUCAUUGAAAAGAAAGAUGGUACUCGGAUAGUGGAUCAUGCUGAUGGUACCAGAAUCACAACCUUUUAUCAAGUUUAUGAAGAUCCGACUAUUUCUUUGGAGGAUCAAGAGACAGCCGAAGGACCGCAGAGGAUCACCAGGCAGGUGAAGUGCAUGCGGAUUGAAAGCUCACACUACGCCACCGUCAUCACCAACUGCGAGGACAGCAGCUGCUGCGCCACCUUUGGGGACGGGACGUCCAUCAUUGCAAAGCCACAGGGAACGUACCAGGUGUUACCUCCAAACACAGGCUGUCUUCAUAUUGAUAGGGACUGUUCAGCUAUAUAUUGCCAUGAAUCAAGCAGUGACAUAUACCAUCCUUUUCAAAAACGUGAGCAGCUGAGAGCUAGCAGGUACAUCAUGAAACACACAUCAGAGGUUAUCUGUGAGGUCAUGGAUCCCGAAGGAAAUACUUUUCAGGUCAUGUCUGAUGGUAGUGUAUCAACCAUCCUACCUGAAAACAACUUGGAAGAUGAUUUAAAUGCAAAAGCUGAAGGUUAUGACAGUUUGUCAUCCACUCACCUUCAUAAGAAUCAUCUGCAAAUCUAUGGUGAACAUGUCCCCAGGUUUUUUGUUAUCUAUGCUGAUGGAUCAGGAGUGGAGCUUCUUCGGGACAGUGACAUAGAGGAGUACCUCUCCUUGGCAUAUGGAGAAUCAACUACCGUAGUUCUUCAAGAGCCAGUUCAGGAACAACCAGGUGCCCUGAGCAUUACCGUCCUUCGCCCUUUCCAUGAAGUGUCGCCAUGGCUAAUGAAGCAAGAACUAGAUACGAUUGUUCCUCCUAAUCUCCAGUCAAGGACAUGGGAGACCUUUCCCUCAGUUCAGAAAAAAACUCCAGGACCUCCAUUUGGCACUCAGAUUUGGAAGGGCCUUGACAUUGGCUCCAAACAGUUAGUGAACACUCCAGCCCCUAUACUGAAGAGCCCCAGUGUGCUACAGAUACGCCAGUUCAUCCAGCAUGAGGUCAUAAAGAAUGAGGUGAAACUGAAACUGCAGAUUUCCCUGAAGGAUUAUAUAAACCAUAUUCUAAAGAAAGAAGAUGAGUUGCAGGAAAUGACAGUUAAAGAUUCCAGAACCGAGGAGGAGAGAGGCAAUGCUGCAGAUCUCCUCAAGCUGGUUAUGUCUUUCCCUAAAAUGGAGGAAACUACAAAAAGUCAUGUUACUGAAGUUGCAGCCCACCUAGCUGAUUUAUUUAAGCAGUCUUUGGCUAAUGCUACAGAAUAUCCACCAGAAACCUUUGAGACAGAUUUCCUUGAAAAGAAAUUGAGGCACACAGAGACUACAAAGCACUGGAAAGAAAAGUUAGCUCAAAAGAGGAAGGAAAUUGAAAAAACACAGAACUAUCUAAAGGAGAUUAGGAGCAAAGUAAUAUCGCCCUACUUCAAAUCUGAACUGAGCCAGCUUUAUCAGUCUCAGUUUAAUUAUCUGGACACCCUUUCCAAAAACUUGCCUCCUUUUACAAAGAAAGACGAGGAUGCAAGCAAAGAAGCCGCUCAAGAUACAUCCAGUCUUCCUCCAGAUUCCCAGAAAAAUAAAGUGUCAAAACAGGAAUCCUCAGAUAUACUUAGUGUUUCAAAAUCAGAGAACCUUGAGGAUACCAAGGAACCUGCUAGCCAAAAGCAAACUGAAAAUUUAACAGUAACUAUCAAAGAACCAGAAUUGUGUAUGCCUCUGAAAAUUCCAACCCAGUCAUUGCUGCAGGAUGUGGCAGGACAAGCAAGAAAAGAGAAAGUGAGGCUACCUCACUACUUGCUGAGUUCCAAGCCCAAGUCUCAGCCUCUUGCAAAGGGGCAAGAUUCUGUUGGAGGAAGAGUGAGAACAUCUUCUGUGGCAUCUGCUGCCAUUAAUAAUAUAAAUGCAUCUCCCUUUGGAUUCCAUCUUCUCCCACCCGCAGUGAAAUUUGGAGUGCUCGAAGAAGGACACACCUAUGCCACCACUGUAAAGCUCAAGAAUGUUGGAGUAGACUUCUGCAGGUUUAGGGUGAAGCAGCCGCCACCCAGCACUGGACUGAAAGUGACUUACAAAUCUGGACCCGUGGCAGCUGGUUUGCAGGCAGACCUGAAAGUGGAAUUAUUUGCCAUGGCUGUUGGGGAGGAUGGCGCCAAGGGAUUGGCACGUAUCUCUCACAAAAUAGAGAUUAUGACUGAGCAUGAUGUCCUGUUCUUACCUGUGGAAGCAACAGUUUUAACAAGCAGCAAUUAUGAGAAGAGACCAAAAGAUUUUCCCCAGGGAAAAGAAAAUCCCAUGGUCCAGAGGAUUUCUACAAUUUCUUCCUCUGCACUCGGAGUCUUCAUGUCCCGUAAAAUUUCUCCACAUUAGGAGUCAGGUAAGUAAUACAUUUGUAAUUUGAUUGUCAUCCAUUCAAAUUUGAGGCCUUAGACCUCACAUUUGUUCUCAUCUUCAUUCAGCCAGCAACCACUGAGCCACUUAGUCUGGUGGAAUUAAAAUACUUGUUUUUAAUAAUGAUAACAAACUACCCAUUUAUACUCAUUAUCCAUCUAA